GAAUGAGCAAGUCGGAAAUGUCAUUUUUGAGGGACGUAUAAAAACUGGCUGACCAGCAUUGGAAGCAUAACUCCCGCGAUCUGAAGGCACCGUUGAUAUUUAAGAAACAUCUCGGGGAACAACCAUAACUGUAGAGUCAGGUAGUCAGAGAAUGUGUUUGACCUAACGGUGGAAAUGCGGCAAGUCGUCGGCUUUUUUGAUCUUAAAAAUUUGGGGCAUGCCACGAUGCAUGGAUAUGUGUUUCAUACUGCAGAACUAUGCCAGUACGCAUCACAAUUUAGAGCGCUCAAGGUCCAAUUCUAAUAUAAUGGCUUCCUUCUGCUUGCGCUUAGAGGGAUGGCAAGUUUUACACACCUUCACCUGGACUUUCGGAGACUUUUGCAGAAGCUGCUGGUCAUGUUUUUCCUCGGCAUCGUAUGCGUCUCUCUGUUCUACUUUCUGGUCGGUUGUUGCGACUCAGAAGUUUUGGAAAACUCCGAUAUAAGGCACUCCAGUCAGUUUCUCUUUGCCGGAUGGUACCAAGCAAAGAACGGAUCGCAUCCCAAGCGCUUGAUAACUGCCUCCAGCGCGGCUGCGGAGGCCAGCAGUGCUGAGGUCACCAAAGCGCCAAGUUUCGAAAGUUUGGGGAGAGAGUGGACAGCGACCAGGAAGCUCCCUCAAGCUCUUAUCAUAGGUGUCAAAAAGGGGGGAACCCGAGCCCUCCUGGAGUUUCUGAGGCUUCAUCCUGACGUCCGCGCGCUGGGGUCGGAGCCGCAUUUCUUUGACAGGCAUUACGCACGAGGACUUAAUUGGUACAGGAGCAUGAUGCCUAAAGCCUUGGAUGGACAGAUUGUGAUGGAAAAGACACCAAGAUACUUUGUGGCAGCCGAGACUCCGGCACGCAUCCACGCCAUGUCCAAGGAGAUCAAGCUCAUCGUGGUGGUGAGAGACCCCGUCACCAGGGCCAUAUCGGACUACACACAGAUCAUUUCGAAGACGCCCCACAUCCCCAGCUUCGAGACGCUUACUUUCAAGAACAGGACUACGGGACAGAUUAACGCUUUGUGGAGCCCCAUCUGGAUAGGCCUGUAUGCCUUGCAUCUCGAGCGGUGGAUGUCCUACUUCCCCUUGUCUCAGAUACACUUUGUCCAUGGGGAGAAGCUGAUCAGUGAUCCUGCCGGAGAGCUCGGCCGCGUCCAGGACUUUCUGGGACUGCAGAGGAUCGUAACAGACAAACAUUUCUACUUCAACAAGACCAAGGGAUUUCCAUGCCUGAAGAAACCAGAGGGCAGCAGCAAGCCACACUGCCUAGGAAAGACCAAAGGCAGGGUGCACCCAAGAAUCGAGCCUGAGGUUAUUCAGAGAUUGAGAGACUUUUACCAGCCCCACAACAUGAAGUUUUACCAAUUAGCAGGUCAGGAUUUUGGCUGGCAGUGAUCUCAUUGAAAGGGUGGUAAGAAAAGAUAAUAUCUCUCCCUGAAUCACGCCUCUAAGAAGGUUCUUCUUGUCUUUGAUCUUAUUGCACUGGCUGUUUCCAGUUAUCCUUUGGGGUAGAAAAUGCUACAGAAGUAGCCAACAGAACCAACAGACACUUAAGUGACAGAAUCUGAAAAAAUGUAUGCCCAUAUACCAUGACGAAGUGCUGGAAACGAGAAUUACAUGUUCAAAAUGUCUGUCUGGUGUGGAGCUUUUUUGGGGUAAUUUAUUGUGGGUAAUUCAUGGGGCAUUUUAUAACGUGUGUAGAUAAUUCAUGUGACACCCCCUCUACUGUGUAUGAAAUCCAUUAAGACUGUGUGAGGUGUCUGUCUUGAUGACUUUGUGGUAAUUCUACAAGUCAUUUUCUCUGAUAUGCAUUGUCAAGGUUACUAAAAAAUUGAUUAAAAGCUUUCAGAAUGAAACCAGUCACUAAAAAUCUUAUCGUUUGCCUCCGAACGUGUGAGUUGUCAUUUGCAGUCCAGGAUAUACACAUCAGUAAAAGAAAAAAAUAAAAAAACAACAGAAUAGCUGUAGAAUAGAAUAGCCGUGUAAUACUUCUGUCGUGGAAAAGCAAAACACCGUAACUGCAUAUUUUAUAGCGAUUCAGUUAUGACCAAAGUUGUAUCUGUUUUAUCUCCAGGCUCUGCUUUUUAUCUAAUGACUAAGUAUCUUAGUUCAGCUAUGCUCAAUCUGGAACAAAACACUGUUGUUAACCUGCCUUCUGCACAUACAGGUGGACAGUCAAAAAUCAUUGAAGACCUUUUUCUCAGUUUCAGUGUCACAGUUGUUGCUGUGUUUUGCCUUUGCAGAUUAGUGUUUUUCUUUAUAGCCUGUAUCAAUAAAUGCGAAAGGUUUGUAUGUAUCCAAGUGCUCUACCAUUGUAAUUAAGGCUGUAUAAAAAUAUUAAAUGAUUCCUGUAACCCAAAAUACCAACAAGGGCAACAGAUAUGCAGCUACAUGUAUGGCAGUUUGCAGUAAGGUGCUGUAUUUGUAAGCAGAAGACUGUAGGUUUAACACCAAUAAAGUAUUCUUCUGCAUCCAUAAACACCUAAGCAAUUUCAGCAAAAAAAGUCCAGUUGCAUAAACAGAGAAAGCUGCAAAAUUAUCUAGAACACGUGAGGCCGACAAGCCAGUGAAGAGUGAAGGCAGUUGCACAGCAUGGAUUCCUUGCCCUUACUUGACACUGUAGUCUGCGUAUCUCAGUCCAGUACGUGCUGAGAGCAGCGCGAUCCAGGACAUUGUUGCACCUUCUCUUGUACUUUGAUUUGUAUCUGCUGGUAGAAAACACUAAUGCAUUUAAAAAAAACUUUAAAUGGUUGUCAUGUACAUAUGUAUCAUUAAUGUAUUAUGGGGGGGUGAUGCACAAUAUUGUCUGUUCCAGUGUCUGGGAUAUUUUUUAAAAACUGUUGGAAGAAAACUUAUGCUUCUGGGACUCAUGAUGAGGGUGAUUCACAUUACCACGUAAUUCGCAGCCUCAAAUGGCUUAUUAGGUUUGAAGAUUAGUUCCCAAAGAAA